UGGAAGCUUACAUACGCUUAAACGAGACAAAAAGGGGACAUUUCACUAGCUAGCUAUCCAGCACAAUACGACAAAUAUGUCUUCGAGGACGCUACCCCUGCUUUUUAUUAAUCUCGGUGGAGAAAUGCUCUACAUCUUGGAUCAACGCCUAAGAGCUCAGAAUAUUCCAGCUGACAAAGCCAAGAAAGGUAACAUUAUAGCUAGCUAGUUAGCUAACUAGCUUAGCUGUCUGGGUGUAUUAGGCUAGAAUUCAACUAGCUACCUGACCAACAGGUGAAUCACUGACCUUGUCAUGUCCACAACCUGGUUGCCAAAAAUUGGAGCACAUUCAUGUGUCUCCCUGCCUGUGUUUUAACCUGCAAAUUCUUCAUUGUACUUGUAGCUGAUUGGAUAGAGGAUGACAGAAGGAGAGGUAUUUUGAUGUUUCUCAUGCAGUGCAUCUCUAGGCCUACAUGCUCUGCUUUGAGGCCUUCAAGGAAACCAACAGAGUAUUACAUUGGUAGAACAAUCUGGAUGAAAUCUUUGCCCAGAGAUAUUCAUUCACUCUGCCCCCAAGAUUGUAGAGAUUUCAGCCAUGGCCUUUAUUAAGAAGAGAAAUCCGGUUUCUACCUCCCAAAUCAAAUAACUUUGCACGCUGAUAAUGCUGCUGAUGGUUUAAAAGGCUGUUGCUUUCUCAGGACAAUUGGGAAUAGGUGGACGUUAAACCUUGCCUAUAGAAUGCACAUCUGCUUGCUUAAAGGUAGACUCUUUUGAGCACGGCACUUCUUGAUUUUAAAGGUAGACUCUGCCAGGGGUGUAAUCAUUACGCCGAUUAUGUUGCAAAACGUUUUACAACAGAAACCGUUUACUCCUAACAGAAAACGCAAACAAGAGUUUCUAUUGGACAAAUUCAGGAAGGUCCCUCCCCAUUUCUCUCUGUUUGCUCAGUUUGCUUCUGUUUGGUUCUUUAACGGUUUCCUUAAUGAAUACACCCCAGUUGUCAUAAUCAUAAACAAGGGGGCGACUUCACACCUACAAACAUCAACAGUUAAAACCAGGGCUCAUAUUCAUAAUACAUCUCAGAGUAGGAGUGCUGAUCCAGGAUCAGUUCAGCCUUUUAGAUUAUAAUGAAUGGACAGGGGGACCUGAUCCUAGAUCAGUACUCUUACUCAGAGACACUUGUUGAAUAUGGGCCCAGUUCUAUCAAGACUGCGUUAGGCCUAUAUUAUGGGCUCCAUUAGGAAGAGCCAGUAAUAAGUCUUAGCAGAUUUGGUUGUUUGUAAAACAAAAAAAAUCUAAUGUCUUUAAGUCGGAAAGACCUCCCAAUGUUUAUGUUGAUGAUGUCAUCUUAAUGAGUCUAACAUUACAGACCAACAUUAUUCCAGUCCCCUACUUGUGACCUGGCCUCAACCUUGUUCUCCUGUGCCCUCACUCUGCCAGUUAUGAAUGACAUCAUCACCACCAUGUUCAAUAAAAAGUUUUUGGAGGAGCUGUUCAAGCCACAGGAGCUGUACUCCAAGAAGGCCCUCAGGACCGUGUUUGACCGACUGGCCCACGCCUCCAUCAUGAGACUCAACCAGGCCAGCAUGGACAAGGUAUGGAUGGAAUCGUGUCACCUGGGUCAUGUUCAGGGCACGCCGUAGCAAAACGAAAAUAGGUGUUCUUUAUUGGACAAGGAUGUGUAGUCCCUCUGUGUUUGUCUGUUUUCUUCCGUUUCGUGCCUGAUUAACAGGACCCUUUGUCGUAAGUGAAAGGCAAUCAAGUUGGUUAACCCUUUCUGGGAUAACCCUUUCUUGGGAUAACCCUUUCUGAGAAAGAUAGAUGUUAAAUAAAUCCCUAUCUAACUAUCAUUCACCACAUUUUGGAGUCAGCUGAGUAGCUGCCAUGACGACAUUACCAUUUUUAUCAUCACAUUCUCAGAAUCACAUCCUCUGUUCCCAGUGACCCUUUAAUAGUCUUAAUUCUAGGUACUUGGGGAAAUUGUCCAAGUCACUUAAAACCCCAUGUAGACCAAUAUUUUCUAAGCUUUUAUCAUUUAUUGCACCAUUAUUGCUUGACUAUUUUGAAGAGUUCUAUCUGUUGUGUUUAAAAAGUGGUUUGAUAUAGGCUAUCAAAUAGAAUAUCAUUUUGAAAUAUUAAUCAUGGCUGUAAGCUUAAAUGUUGUAUAAGUCCAACUGCAUAGCAGUUUGUUCAAAUCUGCUGACGGCUCCCUCUGGUGUACAUUAUGAACUGGCAGCAGCUAUUUUUGAGCAUGACAAUAACCCAUCAUCAUCCAUAUGACUAUGUUGUUCAUGCACACAGCUGUAUGACUUGAUGACCAUGGCCUUCAAGUACCAGGUGCUCCUCUGCCCGCGGCCCAAAGAUAUCCUCCUUGUGUCCUUCAACCAUAUGGAUGCCAUCAAGGAUUUUGUGAAGGACACCCCAAGCAUUCUCAGCCAGGUUGAUGAGACAUACAGACAGCUCAUAGAGGUAUAAUGAACUUCCCUUCAAUUGCCCAAACCUCAGCUAAGUGUUCAGUAUGAUCUCUUAUUCAUUGCAUGUUUUGUGCUCUUAUUUAUAGAUGUACACACCCUUGUCUAGUGGUGAAUUUCAGCUAAUCCGGCAAACACUCCUCAUCUUCUUUCAAGACAUGCACAUAAGGGUGAGUUCAUGAUCUCCCAGAAGUUUGUCUAACUUUUUCGACAGAAAAUGAGUGUGUUGGGAAGGGGGAGUGGGGCAUAUUUUGAUGGGUUUCAGAGAUAGAAAAUGUUAAUAAAGGUACCAUGACUUUGUGUCACAAAUGCUAAAACGUUAGCAUUUGAAUGAGUGCCAGGGAAGCUAAACCAAAGCAUGAAUUGCUGUCAUUGUCCAUAGACUGCUUACAAGGUAAGGAAACCCAGUAUGUAAUUUGGGUGAACUAUCCAUUUACGAUGCAUUAUAACCCCAUCAUAAUGAAUUAUACAGAGCAUAAUCUCGGUUAACCCAGAACUAAAGUCUUGCGAGAAUUGGUCAGAUGCUAACACCUGCGAAAUCUAGAUUUUUUUUUUUCAAAGCUCCGGAACUAAUGCUGCUCGUUAUCUCACACAUGCUGUUGUAUCAGGACAGAUCUACGGUACCAUUUAGGUUUAAGUAGUCUGUCCACGAGAGAUUAUACAAAGUGUUACACAAAUUAUCACUACAUUUUGCUCAUCUGUAUUUGCAGGUGUCCAUCUUCCUCAAAGACAAAGUGCAGAAUUCCAACGGGCGUUUUGUCCUCCCGAUCUCAGGUCCUGUGCCCAACGGAACACAUAUCCCAGGACUUAUCAGGUACCACAGCCAUACAGCUAUAAUUUUCCACACCCAAAUAACAUGGAAUCCCACCAAUCCAACCAAGCCAAGUUUGUUGCAAUAGAGCAAAAUCUCUAUUUUAUUAGAUGCAUUGAAAAUGGCUAUCCAUUGUUUGUUUUGUGCUGUUAGAUGGCAUCUAUUUGCUUUCCUUUCACAGACACUGUCGGCUUAAUUUAGACGGGCAUAUCUGCAGCUAAUUGCAUUACUGAGGGUGUGUUGAACGAGCAGCCGUCUAAAUUGAGAAAAGCCUACUUUUAGCACAGCUCUAUUUGCCAAGGGAUUGAGUGCAGCCGUACUUAAAACUCAUUUAUUGUGUCUUGGGAUCAAUGUCCAUCCUGAACAGUAUCAUAUUUGCAUUGUUUGAAGUGUCUUCUGGGAAACAGGAGAAGUUGCAAAAUAUCUUUAGGAAAUGAUCGAUUGCCUCAUAUGAUGUAUUCUUGCUGAAUAUUUUGUGUGUGUAUUUUUUGUUAUCCUCAGAAUGUUCUGCUGCAAUGGCGAAGAGGUGAAGAGACUGCAGUUCCGUAACAGUGGGAACUACACCAGCGCUCUCCGCGAGGGUUCUUUUGAGAUGUUUGGAGAGAGGGUCAUCAAGCUGGGCACUAACAUGUAAGUGCUGUGCUGCCCACCUGCUCCACACUGUAUUGACAACCAUUGACCUUCCUGGACAUACCCCCACUGAUACUACUAAAUUCUCUACUAUUUCCUCUACUGUGGUCAAUGGUCAUAUAGGCCUAAAUCAACAUGGUAACUCAAAGUCACUGCAAUUUGUUUAGUGAAUAAUUUACACAGUGACAGGUUUAUUAGCCUCCCCCAUGAUGCUACAUUCUAUUUCAGUUUGUCAAGUGCUUGACUUCUGUUUACCCACAGGUACAGUGUGAGCCGUCCGGUAGAAACACACAUGUCAGGGACGUCCAAAAACUCUGCACAGCAAAAGUCGGUGAGUUCAAAUUAUGCUUAACCACUACCCUGUAUAUUUUAUCUUACAGGCAUUUAUCCUGCAAGGCCUUGCAUGUUUGCUCAUAAAUGUCAUUUUACAGCAUGUCCUACAAUAUUAUAUUUUUGACAGGGUUGAAAUAGUUUCCCAGACAAUGAUUAAGCCUAGUCUAAGACCAAAAUUGUUUAAUGACAAUUCUUCAUUGAAGUGCUUUUUUAUCCAAGUCAGACUAAGCUACAUCUGUAAUUAAGCCUUAAAUGUAAUGGACAAUGCGCUAGACAGCUAAAUAAUGCGUUAUGUUAAUGAUAAUGCGCAUAUUCACUGUGUAUACAGGUCAACACCGCUCCAAACCCCCUGGCCAAAGAGGAGCUGAACAUGUUGGCCAGGUUAAUGGGGGGUCUGGAAGUCCAGAAACCAGGAAAUGCAGACGGUGGCUUCCGAGUCAACCUCUUUGCCACAGAUGAGGAAGAAGAGUAAGUCCCCUUUAUGUUAUGAGCAUUGUUUUGUUGUAUUUUGUGUAAUUGUGGAUCAAUUAAAGAUGGAAUUACAACAGUACUUCUCACAACUUGAUGAAAUGGACUGAACCUGAAUUUUGAAUUAUGUUCAGUGUUAAGUUAAACUAGUGUUAAAAAUUACUGUCAGAGUUAAGAAUCACUAUCAGUGUUAAAGGUCCAAUGUAGCCGUUUUUAUCUCAAUAUCAAAUCGUUUCUGGCUAACGAUUUAAGUAACUUACUGUGAUUGUUUCCAAUAAAAAUUGUCAAAAAGAAACAAAACUAGCUUCUUAGCAGAGCAAAUUCUCAACCAAGAAUUUUGCUAGGACUGUCUGGGGGUGGUCUGAGUGGGGAGGGGAAACUGAAAACUAGCUAUUAUUGGCAGAGAGGUUUUGAACUGUCUUUCUUAUUGGUCUAUUAACUAAUUUACCACUUGGUGAUGUCACCAGGCAAGCCAAAACUCCAUUCCUCCUAAACAGGCUGAUAUUUCAGGCAGUCUUUUCAAAUGGCUCUUACACUAAAAGGGCAUUAUCGUAAUUUUCACAAUUUCACACUAUUAUUCCAACCUCAUUGUGUGAAAAUAUAUACACUAUAUAUGCAAAAGCAUGUGGACACCCUUCAAAUUAGUGGAUUCAGCUAUUUCAGCCACACCUGUUGCUGACAGGUGUAUAAAAUCGAGCACACAGCCAUGCAAUCUCCAUAGAAAAAAUUGGCAGUAGAAUGGCCUUACUGAAGAGCUCAGUGACUUUCAAUGUGGCACCGUCAUAGGAUGCCACCUUUCCAAAAAGUCAGUCUAAUUUCUGCCCUGCUAGAGCUGCCCCGGUCAACUGUAAGUGCUGUUAUUGUGAAGUGGAAACGUCUAGGAGCAACAACGGCUCAGCCACGAAGUAGUAGGCCACACAAUCUCACAGAAUGGGACCGCCGAGUGCUGAAGCGCGUAGCGUGUAAAAAUCGUCUGUCCUCGGUUGCAGCACUCACUACCGAGAUCCAAACUGCUUCUGGAAGCAAUGUCAGCACAAUAACUGUUCGUCGGGAGCUUGAUGAAAUGGGUUUCCAUGGCCGAGCAGCCGCACACAAGCCUAAGAUCACCAUGCACAAUGCCAACCAUCUGGCAGUCUUACAGACAAAUUUGAGUUUGGCGGAUGCCAGGAGAACGCUACCUGCCCCAAUGCAUGCCAACUGUAGAGUUUGGUGGAGGAGGAAUAAUGAUCUGGGGCUGUUUUCCAUGGUUCAGGCUAGGCCCCUUAGUUCCAGUGAAGGGAAAUCUUAACGCUACAACAUACAAUAACAUUCUAGACGAUUCUGUGCUUCCAACUUUGUGGCAACAGUUUAGGGAAGGUCCUUUGCUGUUUCAGCCUGACAAUGCCCCCGUGCACAAAGCGAGGUCCAUACAGAAAUGGUUUGUCGAGAUCGGUGUGGAAGAACUUGACUGGCCUGCACAGAGCCCUGAUCUCAACCCCAUUGAACACCUUUGGGAUGAAUUGGAACGCCGACUGCGAGCCAGGACUAAUCGCCCAACAUCAGUGCCCGACCUCACUAAUGCUCUUGUGGCUGAAUGGAAGCAAGUCCCCGCAGCAAUGUUCCAACAUCUAGUGGAAAGCCUUCCCAUAAGAGUGGAGGCUGUUAUAGCAGCAAAUGGGGGACCAACUCCAUAUUAAUGCUCAUGAUUUUGGAAUGAGAUGUUCGAUGAGCAGGUGUCCACUUACUUUUUGGUCAUGUGGUGUGUAAAACACAGGAAAAUCACGUUUUUGACUGCACUGGGCCUUUUAACAAUAAUGUGGAUUUGUCUUCCUCACAGGGAGGCCUUGAUAUCGAGACCAGACGAGUUUUCAUAUGACGUCAUAAAAAUCCAAGCGACUAUGGUAAAGUUAAUUUUAACCUAUAUUCUUUCUGUCACAGAGGCUAGAUAAAUAUUCAACCAUGUAACAUGCUUUUAUGUAACUUAAAGGGAUGAGAUGGAAGCAUUUCAUAGAUCGAGACCGUCCUACUGUACAUCCAUUUUUAUUUGUCACAUACAAGUGUUUAGCAGAUGUUAUUGCAGGUGUACCGAAAUGCUUGCUGUGGUGUAACCAUCAAAAAGGUCCCCAUGAAACCUGUCACAGGAGACUUACUGCACCCAUGCAGUCAUCUCUUAGCACUUACGAACAACCCAUGAUCAGACAUGCUGCCCAAACGGAAUUGCAUGUCUAAUUGACAGGCUAAGGUUUGUAGGUUAUCCGAGAGGCAUUAGGAUCAGGAUGGGCCAGUCUAACAAGAUGUACCGUAAUCAAUCAUAAGCCCCUCCCCAAACAAGACCUUUCAGAUCUGCCAUUGAUGGCUUUCCUUGUCUUUCAGAACCAGCAAGCCAAUGCGGAGCUGGCCAAGAUCAUGGGGGACUUCACGGAGGAGGCUGGCGAGCCCUACCCAUCGAGUGCCAGCAGUAAAGGGGAUGACCUUCUGGCCAUGAUGGACGGGCUGUGACAGUGUUACCAUGGUGACCAGAAUCCGAGGGCGGGGCUCAAAGCUGAGUUGGUUAGGAACGGUGUGUUCUACUGUAGGACAGUGUCUUGUCUGCUCUGCUGUGCUGUGCCGUCUUUCUCACUCAGCAAAUAUGGCAACUGUCUAACAAACGCACACACAACACAAACCUCAUCUUCGUGUGUCUGUAGAGCUUUUCGAUGCUGAUGUGACCUGAGCAGGUCAAUUCAUUUGUUCAGCAAGGACCAACUGUAAACUGUCUGCAAGACUGUGCAUUUUGCAAAAGAGAGUGGGGAAACGUUGUAAGCUCAGUGGCCAGUUUAUUAGGUACACCCAUCU